UUGGGAUCCGUUACAGAAAUCAUUCUGCGAACAAAGUUAACACUCCGAUAGUGAUAAACAAGACUGACAAGAGGAGCUAGACCCAUGAUGAAAUUCAUUCUACUUCUAGUUGCUUUAGUGACAUUAGCAGUUGCUGAUGAAACGCCAGGAUUCUUCAUAAAACUUUCCAAAAGCGUACCCCGCAUCGGACGGCGUGGUGAUUUUGAAAACUUCUUCCUGAAACAGUCCAAGAGCGUCCCGAGAAUCGGGAGACGUAGUGGACUCUUCACGGAACAUUCUCCGGCCCAAGAUAACUCGAAUUGGUUCGAACGAUUCAUGCGUCCCGCAAAACGACCAAUAUCCACUCCACAAACAGAGAAUGGAAAGCUUUACAGCAAAGUACGUCCAUUAGAUUUACAUCAUAUCAUCGAUAUCCUUUCGGAUGACCUGUUUUUUGGAUCGGACCUAAAGUUCAUCUCUUGGGAUGUGUUGGACGAAGCCCUCGAGGAAGAUCCUGAGCUGAUGGGGAAAUUGAGCGCCCUGGCGAGAGACAAAGAAGUUCACCAGUUGAAACAGCUGCUUACAGAAAAUAAGGACGAACUUGUUCAGUAUGUGCCUCUGGAGAGUGGAACGUCAGACAUGCACUCCAACAAGGCCUAUAUUUAUCGCACCGAUAGGGACGAACAGAAUGCGGAGCUCAACAAGGAAAAAAUAGAAUAUCAACAAUAAGACGAAUUGAAUAUGCUAUUGGUUAUGAAUCGGGAUCUUACUAAAGUAUUUAAAUAUCUUGCAAUUUAAUAUGCUUUACAGCGUUCUGUAUGUUAUAUCCACUAACAUAAUAUUUCUGUUUAACAAUUGGUUUGGCCCUCCACUUCAAUUUGUAUCGAUGGUGCAAGUAUAUUUAUAAUCGCAUAACUAUUAUGAAAUAAAUUGAUG